AUGGCAUCUCCAACGCAAGCCCGAGAAGUCCACCACCGCAAGGAAGAAGACGCACUCGAUGAAGAACGGGAGCUUAUUGACCUGAACAAAGAAGCCAAACACGAAGACGAUGACAAGAUCGUGGCCUCAGAGUCGUCAGAGACAAGGGAAGCAAAGAAGCAGAAAGUGGAACAAGAAGUCAAAGAUGCUUAUCAAGAAGACGAAAGAAGAGGAGGGAUGACGAGAACAACAACACCAAGAAGCUUAACUCAAGAAGAAGCAAAGGCAAAGGAAGAUGAUGCUCGCGCCUCACGCAUGCUUGCGUCUACGAGCAACGACUUAGUCCGACCGGGGCUGGACAUAAACGAUUACGUCGACGACUCAGAACAAACCUUGACGUUCCUCACCCGAUGGAAGGCUCCGGAGACUCCACCUGAAAGGAUCAUCCACCGCACCCUGGUCGAGCAAUGCAGCAAACCGAUCCAAAAGCAGCUAACGACGAGCGACGUGACACAGAACAGGCUCUCUUUAUCGUACUCGCAAGUGAGGAAGAAGUUUCAGCAGCUUCUUGGCGACGAGUCAGGGAGAAAGGAGAGUAGGUUCACGGUUUACGGACCAGACGGGAAGGUUCAUGAGAUUUGGCUACGUGAGAAGAAGAGGUCGUUUGAUUUGACGAUAGGGUGGUGGUCGUUCGUGGAACAGUAUGGGCUCAAGGAGUGUUGCGACUUCGUCACGGUUUGGAUGUUCAGGCACAGUGUCACUCGACGGAUUUGCUUAGCUAUUGAUACCACAAGGUUUGCUUUCAGGAAACAGGUUAGUAAGAGGAUCUCUCAGGCUGCUUUCGAGGAUUCUGAUUAG